AUGACAAAACCUAUAAGAAUUGGAUGUUACUCUGCCUUUUAUGGUGAUUCGCCAGAGGCUGCUGUUCAAUUAGUCAAACACGAGGGCUCAAGCCUGGAUUACUUGGUCGCUGAUUACCUUGCAGAGAUCACGAUGGGCAUCUUUGCUAUCCGGCGGAAACAACGUCGUAUGAUGAAGUACAUGGGUCUCCAGGAUGAUGGUAGCAAAGAGUACGUCGCCCAGUUCCCAAAUUAUGUUCUUCGUCGUAUUCUGCCUGAUGCCAUCCAAAAUGGGACAAAAAUUGUGACUAAUGCGGGCGCCCUCAAUCCAAUCUUGCUGAAAGAAAUCAUUGAGGAGCUGCUUGUGGAGCUGAACAUACCUAAUGUUAAAGUAGCCGCUGUGGUAGGAGAUGAUUUAAUGGCAUCUAUCGAGGAAAACGGUCUAUCAACUGUAUCUCUGAGUCAGUUCAAGAACUUUACACCGUUCUCUCCUGUUUCACCUACAAAACACCAGCUGCAUUCAGAUAGACUACCCGAUUCCGAAGAGCCCAUUGUAUCACUUCAUGCAUAUCUUGGUGCUAGAGGUAUUUGCGCAGCUUUAGAUGCCGGAGCUCAGAUCGUUAUCACUGGCCGUGUAGUGGAUUCUGCAUUAGUCGUUGGUCCCUUAAUGCAUGAGUUUGAAUGGAACAAGGUGCUGCCACCAUAUGACUUGCUGGCCUCUGCAUCACUUGCAGGUCAUAUUAUCGAAUGUGGUUGCCAUGCUACCGGUGGUAACUUUACUGAUUGGAGACUGGCUGCAAAUUCAAAUUACGGUGGCUUUGCUUAUAUGGGAUAUCCCAUCGUCGAAUUUGAUGGUAGCUCUGGCGAAUUUGUGGUUACAAAGCCAGAAAGAACAGGAGGUCUCGUUUCGGUUGCUACUGUAUCCGAACAAAUCUUGUAUGAAAGUCUCGAUCCUGCCCUGUACAUUUUACCAGACGUUAUUUUGGAUUUGCGCCAGAUAAAUUUGACGCAAAUAGGUCCUGAUCGUGUCCUUGUACGAGGGGCACAAGGCCGCGCACCUACACCAUGGCUGAAAUGCUGUGGCAUCUUUAUGGACGGCUGGAAGCUGUCUGGACAACUUGUCAUUGGAGGGCAUGAAGCCAAGGAAAAGGCGGAGGCUGUUGGGAGAGCAGUAAGAGAUCGAGUGAAUGCAUACUAUAAGGAGAAUGGCAUGCCGGAAUUCAGGGAUUUUAAUAUCGAAGCAGUCGGUGGGGAAUCUCUUUAUGGCCCAUCAAAUUCGAAGAAUGCAAAUGAGAUCCGCGAGGUCGUAUUAAGAAUGACAGGACAUCAUGAUGAUCCGGAGGCUUUGAAGGCACUAUCGAUUGAAUUUGUCUCUCCAGUGACAAAUAUGGUUCCCGGUAUCACUGGUUUCUUUGAACGCGCAAAACCAUUUCCAAACCUUAUUCAUUUCCCUGGUCUGUAUCCCAAAGCUCAAGUGGAAACUAUUCUCUUUUUAGACAAUCAGAAGAAACAGGUUGUUCCUUGGGGUCCUUGGGAUGAUAGCCACUCAUUCCAGAAUCCAACUCCUGUGUCACUUGUUCCUGAAGCUAUAAUUGAUGACAAACAACGGGAUAUUAUCAAGGUCAAAUUGAUCGAUUUGGCUUACGGCAGAAGUGGCGAUAAAGGAGAUGUUAGCAACAUUGGCAUCAUCGCUCGAGACCCCACAUUUUAUCCGUAUAUAAAGCGAUCUUUAACCGCACAAGUCGUAUCGGAUUACAUGCAACAUGUUUGUAAAGGAACAGUGGUUAGAUACGACUUACCCGGCCUACUAGCUUUAAAUUUUGUCCUGACUGCAACCUUGGGAGGAGGUGGUUUGAGCUCAAUGGUCAUUGAUCGCCAAGGCAAAACGUACGCUCAGUUAUUAUUGACAGGGCUAGAGAUUGAGAUUCCUUCAAAUCUCGUACGUUUUUCUAAACUUUAA